UUCAUUUGACAUGAGGAAACCAUUUGUGGGCUGGUGCUGAUACAUUAUAUAAUGAGCUGCAGCAGGCUUGAGAGCACAGUGUCUUCACUUCAGCUACAGCAUUUGCUCAGCACUCUCUAACACAACAAAUGGACGGCAACUAUUACAACCCCAACAUGGGAGGCAACUCUUACAACCCCAACAUAGGAGGCAACUAUUACAACCCCAACAUGGCCGGCAACUUUGGCCAGACCUUAACGAAUGAUGAGGAGCUGAGGAUAGUGAUGGUGGGGAAGACUGGAAUCGGAAAAAGUGCCACUGGAAACACCAUCCUGGGUAGAGAUUGCUUUGAAUCAAAGUUCAGUUCAAAGUCUAUGACUGUAGACUGUCACAAGGGCAGAGGCACAGUUGAGGGACAAAAGAUUGCUGUUAUUGACACCCCAGGUCUGUUCGACACCAGGUUUGGAAUGGACAAGACAGCUAAAGAUAUCAGCCAGUGUGUCACCUAUGCCUCUCCUGGUCCCCAUGUGUUCCUGGUGGUCAUCAGGCUGGGCAGAUACACUGAAGAGGAGAAGCAGACGGUGCAAAGGAUUCAAGAGAUCUUUGGCCAGGCUGCAGACAGAUACAGCAUGAUUCUCUUCACUGGUGGUGACAUGUUGGAUAUGGAAGGAACCACGAUUGAGAAUUUCUUGGCUGAAAGCCAAGAUUUGCAGGAACUUGUGGCCAGAUGUAACGGCCAGUACCAUGUCUUCAAUAAUAAGCAAAAAGAUCGCUCUCAGGUCACCGUGCUGUUCCAGAAGAUUAGAAACAUAGCUAAGAAGAAUGGAGGGAGUCAUUACACCAAUGAGAUGUUCCAAGAGGCUGAGAGGGCAGUGGAGGCGGAAAAACAACGCAUCCUGAAGGAGAAAGAAGAGGAAAUACGCAAAGAAAAAGAAAAGCUUGAGAGGGAAGUAAAGCAAAAAUAUGAAAAAGAGAUGAAGAGAAUCAAUGAGCAACUCCAAGCUGAUAGAGAGAGAGAGAGAAAAGAGAGAGAGGAGGAGAGGAAGAGGGAGAAGGAGGAGUUGAAUGAGGAGAGAAAGAGGGAGAGGGAGGAGAGACAAGCAGAGAGAAUGAGAGAGAGAGAGGAAAAAGAAAAGGAGCUGAACAAAAUAAAAGGUCAGUUUGAGAGUGAUUUGAGAGAGCAGAAGAAAAAACUGGAGGACAGGUAUGACACUGAAGCCAGAGUGGAAGCUGAGGAGUCCGAUCCAUUACGCCAUUUGAUGAAAGCUGGUGAAGCAGUUGUUGAGGCAGGCAAACAUGUAGUCAAUGGAGUUGCAGCAAUGGGAAGGAAAAUUGGGGGAUGGUUCAAGAAAGUGUGUGUGAGCUCAGUCUUCAGCAGCAGAGACUACUUAAUACUUUUGAACCUUAAGAAGAAGGGGGGCCAUUACAACCCAAAUAUGGCUGUAAACCCAGGAAACACCUUUACAAAUGAUGAGGAGCUGAGAAUAGUGAUGGUGGGGAAAACCGGAAAUGGGAAGAGUGCCACUGGAAACAUCAUCCUGGGACGACAGUGUUUCAAAUCAAAGCUUGGUGCACAGUCUAUGACUAUGGACUGUUCAAAGGGUAAAGGCACAGUGGAUGGGCAAAAGGUUGCUGUUAUUGACACCCCAGGCCUGUUUGACACAAGAAUGGGCUUAGAAAAUACAACCAAAAAUAUCAGCCAGUGCAUCUCUUAUGCUUCUCCUGGUCCCCAUGUGUUCCUGGUGGUCAUCAGGCUGGGUAGAUACACUGAAGAGGAGAAGCAGACAGUGCAAAUGAUUAAAGAGAUCUUUGGCCAGGCUGCAGACAGAUACAGCAUGAUUCUCUUCACUGGUGGUGACAUGUUGGAGAUGGAAGAAACCACGAUUGAGGAUUUCUUGGCUGAAAGCCCAGACUUGCAGGAACUUGUGGCCAGAUGUAACGGCCAGUACCAUGUCUUCAAUAACAUGAAAAAAGAUCCCUCUCAGGUCACCGUGCUGCUCCAGAAGAUUAGAAACAUAGCUCAGGAGAAUGGAGGGAGUCACUACACCAAUGAGAUGUUCCAAGAGGCUGAGAGGGCACUGGAUGUGGAAAAACAACGCAUCCUGAAGGAGAAAGAAGAGCAAAUACGCAAAAAGAGAGAAGAAAUUGAGAGGGAAGUACAGCGAAAAUAUGAAAAAGAGAUGAACAGAAUCAAGGAAGAACUUGAAGCUCAGAGAGAGAGGGAGAGGAAAGAGACAGAGAAGGAGAUAAAGAGGGAGAAAGAGGAGAUGAAUGAGGAGAGAAAGAGGGAGAGGCAGCAGAGACAAGCAGAGAGCAUAAAAGAGAGAGAGGAAAAAGAAAAUGAGCUGAGUAAUUUGAGGGCUAAGUGUGAUAAUGAUUUGAUGGAGGAGUUUGAAACACUGCAGAGACAGCAUCAAGCUAGAUCCAGAGAGGAAGCUGAGGACUUUAAUCCAUUAUUUUUUUUGCUGAAGGCUGUUGAACUGGUAUCUGGAGUUAAGGUUUUGGGAACUGCAAUAAGGGGAUUGUUCAGAUGAGUGGUCCCACAUUCAGGCAUUUUUACCAGAGCAACCCUCCAGAAGCUCUGUUACAAAAGAACAAACAAAAUAUUGGAAAAAUGUGUUUGUGUAUACACAGACCUUUAAUCAGAAAGGGUUUGUGUUUAUUUUCAUUGUUAGAGUGCUUCAUUAUGAGUAAAGCUCUACAAUAUGGGUGUGUAGUCAAUUGUCAUUUUGAAGUGCAAUACUGCCAUCUAGUGAUCAUUCCCAAGAACGUUUAAACAAUUAAAUUGGCACAUUUUGAGUGUAAAUCAACUUUUUGAGCAUUAACUUAACCCUUUGUCUUCUGCAGACUCAUAUUGUCCAUGAUGACAAAAAUAGCACUCAGAUUUAAUUGAAAGAAUUGUAAGUUUUUUAACAUGCAUUCCUUGUUCAUGUUUUAAUGUUUUA